UGUGACGUGACGUGUUGAAUAGUUGAAAUCUUUCUGCUAAGUUUUUAAAACGCGCUGAAGAGAAAACUACGCUCUUUGAAUACACAAAGGCGGGGAGAUGGCGUGGCAGAGAGGCCGCGGCCGUGCCAGGCCGCUCGACGCGGUGGCCAAGGUGGUGGCGGAAGCGGAGGGAAACAAGCCCUCCCGGGCCGCGCAGAAGGGCAGGGGCCGUGCCGGAACAGCGGAGACGGAAGGUGGUGAGCCCUCCCGGGCCACGUCUGCGCAGCGCAGGUUCCAGGAGGCGCGCGCACAGCAGCAGGCGGCCAUCCAGAAGCACGUCAAGACGGACUACGAGUCAUCGGAGGAGGAGGAGGAUCUGGAGAGCGAGGACGUGCUGGGUUCGGUGCUGCAGUCGUACGCGCAGCUGGGCGGUCGCAGUGAUGACCUGGGCCGCACACAGAAGUUCCUGGAGGAGAUGUUCGUGUCGGGGGCGGCCACGUGCCUCGUGUGCAUCGCGUCCGUCAGGAGGGCAGACGCGAUAUGGAGCUGCGAGGGCUGCUACAGCUUCUUCCACCUGACGUGCGUGCAGCGCUGGGCCAAGGACAGUGUGGCGCACCAGCGACGUGCCCUCGAGGGCCUCCUGCGCGGCCAUACAGCUCCUGCCUUCCGCUGGGCGUGCCCCAAGUGCCGGCGGGAGUACGAGGAAACCAGCGCACCGCAGCGCUACGUGUGCUUCUGCGGGCAGUCCCAGGACCCACCCCACCACCCCUGGCUGCUGCCCCACUCGUGUGGCGAGACGUGCGGCCGGCUACUGCAGCCCGAGUGUGGCCACCGCUGCCUUCUGCUGUGCCACCCAGGGCCGUGCCCGCCGUGCCCCAAGAUGGUGUCCGUGCGCUGCCACUGCGGGCGCUCGGGCCCACGCAUGCAGCGCUGCAGCCGCAAGGCGUGGGCCUGUGGCGGGAAGUGCGGGCGCACGCUGGGGUGCGGGCGACACCGCUGCGACCAGGCCUGCCAUCCGGGGGAGUGCUCGCCCUGCGACCUCACCAGCCUCCAGGCCUGCCACUGCGGUGCCCGCUCCGAGCAGCGGCUGUGCGCCAGCCCGCGCUGGAGCUGUGACAAGGUUUGCGGGGAGCGGCUGGGGUGCGAGCGGCACAGCUGCGAGCGGGUUUGCCACGCGGGGGAGUGCGGAGCCUGCCCGCUGUCCGGUCCCCGCACCUGCCCCUGCGGUAAGACAGUGCACCGGCUCCCCUGCACGGAGACGGUGCCCCUGUGUGGCGACACCUGCGGGCGCACGCUGCUGUGUGGUCGACACGCUUGCUCUCGGCCGUGCCACCGCGACGCCUGCGGUUUGUGCCUGGAGGUGGUGACGCGGCCGUGCCGCUGUGGCCUGCACUCCAAGGAGCUGCCGUGCCAGAAGGAGUUCCUCUGUGACUCCAAGUGCAAACAGCUCAAGGACUGUGGCCGCCACCCAUGCAACCGCAAGUGCUGCGAUGGUAACUGCCCGCCGUGUGAGAAGGAGUGUGGGCGCACGCUGCGCUGUGGGAACCACAAGUGCGCGGGCGUGUGCCACCGUGGGCCGUGCUACCCCUGUCCACGCACGGUGCAGGUCAGCUGCCGCUGCGGGAAGACGAGCGUUGCAGUGCCGUGUGGCCGGGAGAGGAGGACGCGCCCCCCACGCUGCCCGCUCCCUUGCAAGCAGCCGCCGGACUGUCACCACGCCCGGCGGGAGAAGCACCGCUGCCACCCGGGCGACUGCCCCCCGUGCCGCCAGGUGUGCGGCCGUGUGCGUGCUGCCUGCCCCCACCUCUGCCCCGCGCCGUGCCACUCGGCCGUGCUGGUGCGCGUGGAGGCGGCACGGCGCCCGGCCGGGCCGUGGGAGGCGGUCUCUCCACAGCUGGAGGUGCGCGACCUGCCCUGCCCGCCGUGCGCGGUGCCGGUGCCAGUGACUUGCCCUGGUGGCCAUGAAACCAGUGACCAGCCAUGCUCUUCUGCUCGGCCGCACCCUUGCGGGCGUGUCUGCGGACGUGCUCUGCCAUGCGGCAACCACAACUGCUCCAAGCCGUGCCACACCGUGUCGGGCGACACAGACUCGUCUCUGGCUGGGCCGGAGUGCGAGGCAUGCGAGCAGGGCUGUGCCAAGCCACGCCCCGAGGGCUGCGCACACGCCUGCCCCGAGGCGUGCCACCCGGGGCCGUGCCCGCCGUGCGCGCAGAUGGUGCGUCUGGGCUGCCACUGUGGCCUGGCACAGCCGUGGGUGCGCUGCGGGGAGUGGACCGGCGCCGCGCCCGAGCAGCGCCGUGCGCUGCAGAGCUGCCGGAACCAGUGCCCGCGCAAGUACCCGUGCGGGCACCGCUGCCGGGAGGAGUGUCAUCCGGGGGACUGCCCCAGCGCGGAGCUGUGCCGACGCAAGGUGAAGGUGCUCUGUGCGUGCCAGCGACUGCGUCGGGAGUUCUCCUGCGACGUGGCCCGCGCUGGCCUGGCCGUCGUGCCGUGCGACGACGCGUGCCACGCUCGCCAGCGCGAGCAGCUGCAGGCGCGCGAGGCGGAGGAGUUGCGUCGCAAGGAGCAGGAGGCACGUCGCGACCAGGAAGAGCUGGAGCGCUUCCAGAGGAAGUUCCAGCCGCAGCGCAAGCGCCGGGACCGCGGGCCAGUGGAGGAGACGCGGGGGCGCCGCCUGCCCUCGCCCUACUGGCUGCUGCCGCUUGCAGCUCUCGCGGUCGCUGUCUACCUCGCCUGGGCCCUGUGACCGUCUCGGCCAGCUCACCCGCUUGUCCCGCUGAUCCUCUUGAAAAUAUUCUUAUUUUGUUUAUAGCAGUGCUUACUCGGGAUGGGCAUGUGGGUUCUUCAAUGCUUCGAUUCCACUGAUUCUACCUGGAAUCUGAUUCGUUGAUUCACAAGCUGUAUGGAAUCAUACCAUAUAAGGAGUCCUAUAUUUAGAAUGGUAGGUCAUAUUAUCUGUAGAUAAUCAGGAUGUAAAAUAGUAUUACGAUUAUUAAAUAUAAUCGUUGUGGGAAAACUACUGGGUUGUUGGGUUCAUAAAUGGAUAGCCCAGUUAAAGUUUUUAUCACUACAUAGUUUUAUUGUUUACCAAAAUUUACAUCACCAGCAAAUAAUCUUUCUUAAAAUGCCUAAUAACAAUUACACUUGAAAAUUUUUAUUACCCAGUCACUCGGUUCUUACACACUGCACACCUCACUGGGACGCACCCCUCGCACAACUCUCGCCGCAGCACUCCUCGUAGACCUCCGUCGCCGCCGUCGCACUUCCCUUCACCAAGGAUCCGCUCGACGCUUUGCUCGGAACUUCACUCGGGACUCUCGCUGCACCCGCAGCACUCUCGCCACCCAACUAUCGCCGAGAAACUCUCUGGCCCAGACUGUCGUGAAGGCCAGCAUCCGGGCUUAUAUAUAGAGCCUCGCGUCUUUCCAGAAGUCACGAGUGCGGCUGGGGCCAGUCGUGUCAUCCCGCGCCGACCCGACACCGGAAGCGUAGAGAAAGGUUGACAAGCCGCAUCAUCCCGGGCCGACUCGACACCCGAAUCGUCGAGAAGGGCAUCGGCAGCUCGCGGGAUUCCCAAUUGGUGCCAGGUAACGGCGCCGAGGCAGGGCGCCAUGCGAGAAGCGGCGGGGAGGAGGGGGGUAACGACAACCCUUGUAAUCUGCCAGGCACGCGUGACAUGUCUCACGUCAGCGGUGGUCGCAUGACGUCAGUGGCCGUGUGAGGCCACCAGCCAGCUCUGAACCUGCGCGCUCCGUGGCCCUGCUUACGUUCGUAACAAUAUAUUCACAUAAAUUAAGUAAUUCUUGCCACAAUUGCCAUAUUUUCUGGCCAGUUGAGCAACUCACCUAGCACUUAAAUACAAAAUACAUAUGUGUUAUUUUAUUUGAAGAUUAGAUUACAACCGCAAUCAUCUACAAUCCGUACUAACCAAUUAAAGUUAAAUAUCUGUACUUGUGGGGAUAACAUUGUAACCUCAUUUCAAUAUAAUUUUAUUUUAUAAAUUCAAUAACGUCAUUUAUUAGAUACAACAUUAAUGUAAAUUUUCUCUUCAUUUGUAAACAUAAUAUGUUUUACUUUCAACGUCAGCAAGUAAUCAUGAUGCCAUGUUGAUGUAAACAAUUUAAAGCAGGCUGACCAACUGUGUUUAUAAACAUUUUAGUUUUAUUUUUUCCAGUCUUUCGUAUAACAAAGCUAAUUUCUCGUUAUAUUUUUGAUACUUUUGUGUAAAUAUUUUUCGUUAAAAAGAAGUUGGUUUAUAAUUGGAUUUACGCAUACAUAAAGUCAUUAAAUUAAAAGCCUAUGAUUUAUUGUUUGUGCAUAACAUGUUGCCUGUGUGUAAACAAAUUUUUGUGCAAAAUGCACUGUUUUCACGUUUGUGUUCAUGUUUCAUUUGCCGUGACCCCGAUAGCUUGCAUUGUUAUUAAUCUUUUGUAAAUUUGAAUCAUGAUAAACAGAAGAUAUCUUGUGAUCAGUUAGUGUUUUAAUGUCUGUGUAAAUGUUGAUGAACAUAAAUCAAGUGAAAUACAACAAGCAGGACUUUUAAGAGAGUGGCAGGAGAUAGAAAUUUAUCAAGAACAGAAAAUAAUGGAUUUACAAAAUUGGGAAUUAGAAUCUGAAUCGAACUUGAAAUGGAGGGAAACUGUAGAAUCGGAAUAGGAAUCGAAGAAAUGUGAAAUCGACCCAUCCCUAGUGCUGACUCUGAACAUAAUCAGUAAUAUACACUUUUCAAGAUAAGGGGUCAAUUUUUGAAUUGUGCUUCAAGGAAUAUCCAGUUCCAGACUGUAUAAUGAAUGUUGUUACAGAAGAACCAAAGCAGAUACAGGUUCAUGUAGCGCCAGACUAGGUAAUCAUGUACAGUGCAACCGCAUCAUGAAGUAAUAACUCACUUAAAAGGCUUUCUUUCUUGAAAGUAAAUACAGUAAACUCCCGGUAUACCGCGCCCCGAUAGAUCGCGGAAUCGGGUAUAUCGCGGGUCAAACCAUGUCCCCCAGUCAGACAUGAAUAAUAAUAAUAAUAACACAGUAGAACCUCGUUAAUUCGUGAUGGUCGGGACCGAGAUAAUCACGGAUUACCGAAUUUCACGGACUUGCGAUUAAAGCCCGGAAGGUCUUGUCAAGCUUCUCAGAUACCGGCGUGCAGCUGGGUUAAGGCCAAGGCCAUGUGACGUAACAUCUACCGAGGCUUACUGCGCCAUGGCAGCAGAUAGAUAAAAAAUAGUAAACUCUCCAUUAUUCGUGUUAAUUGGGACCCGCCGAUGCCCGGCUAAUUAAAAUCCUGUAAAAAAAAAGUAAUAAACCCGGAUAAUCCGUUCACGGUAAAGACCGUCUUCGAAUUAGUCUCGGCUUAAAAAAAUACGGCACUGCCUAGCCAUUAGUUCACGGUCAUUUAUAACAGCCGAAGAGAGAAAGAUAAGAUCGUGCUGAACUUGCACACAUAAAUUUUGGGUAGCCCCCCCCUCCCUCUCAAUCUUCCCAUUCGUCCAGCCGAAUGCCAGCCAGACACGUCACUCGCCAGGCGCCUGCCGUGCGUUGGCGGGUGGAAACAAACAAAGGGAGAAGGGAAGCAGAAGUCAGGACAUCCCCCUCAAGUUUAAAGAGUGACAAAUGUGACAGCUGAAAGGGGGACGACACAAAGGGUCGGUACAAACAGUGUUGCAGAGUUUGGCGGCCCAUGCGAAGGCUUGCAGUGUUUGCCGGCCGCCGGCCCGCGUGACGUUAAUUUUAAGCGCUGACAAUUUUUACUUCUCUUUUUUUUUCUGCACUUUUAAAUCGUCCCGGAUUAUCCGAUUCCCGAAUUAGCGCGUCACGGAUUAACGAGUUUCUACUGUAAUAAUAAAUGGAAUAAAUGAUUGACAGCCGAUUAAGAUAAUUUUGCGUUGUAACUCACAAACUAAGCAUCGGGCAGAAAAAAGCCUAGGCGUAGAAAAUGUCCGCAGUGAAAUUCUAAACAAGAUAUCUCCGUACAUUAUUCCUCUAUCUUGUAGUGUUUUCAAAUUAUGAUCCAAUCCAGACCAGUGUUAUUUUCUGAAACAUUAGUUCUUAACAUUUUUUUUAACCCACAAAUAAAGCAUUGGACAGGGGACCCGAUAAAGCCUACCGUCCAGCGACAUUAUCCAGCGUGACUCGGCUGGGGAUUGAUUUUGGAUAGGUUUGGUUGACGGCAAGCACUUGGAGGGGAGAGGCGAGCCGAGAAUAUGCGACCAAGACACCCGGGUAGAGCGGUAGACGGGAGGAGUGGAAUAUAAGCGCCAGUGAUGAGAGGGGCGAUUAAGCCGAAAGGGGGGGAGUCUGGUGACCUUGAGUAGUUCACUCAUUUCCGUCUGCACACUUCUCGUGGUCACGUGUGUUGACAAGCGGAGACAUAAAUGUUUUGUUACAACUUGAACCUACAGACGUAAUAUUAUUCGUUGUAUUAUACACGUUCAUCUUUUUACUUUGGUAUAAUGUUUUAACAUUAAAUAAUAAAGUAAAUCAGCUAGUGUAAUUUUAAUCUUUGCCGAGGAAUUCCCAGUGGUCCAAUACUUACGUGAACCAUACUGUACCACUUUUGCCGUGAGGUAGUAAACAAGCCCCGGAUAUGUUUAUGUGUAGCGGCCUCCCGACCUUUAACCAGAGGCUGGGGAAUAUAACACUUGCCGAUCCGAGCCACACACACUCAGCAACUCGACAAAGCGUUUGAUGGAAUAAGUAAAGACAACGUUUAACAGACUUUUUAAUACGGCGCCACUGAUUGCGCUAAAAUUAUUUUGGCGCAAUUUUUGUAUCCCACAUGUGACCAUUUAUAAUUUACUGUAAGCAUGGAUAACAAAGUUUAACCACUUUACACGAUAGACGAUUCUUUAUUUUAUAUUGUACGAAUGCUAGAAUUGUUUUUCACGUAUCUGCUGCAUACUUCUGCAAAAGACACGCUAUUUGUAAGUACGUAAAUCUAGAAUUUUUAUUUUGUCAAUCAAACUCGGUACUUUGCGAUUCAUAUUCGGUUUGAAGUAUUACUAUGGCCUUUCUAUUUAGAAGACUUUGACCACAAAAUCGUGUGUAACCGCACACACUGCACUUACUUUGUUACGGACACUCAGACGAAGCAGAUACUGUGGCUGACACCACGAGACUGGCAGCAGCUUGUGUGCCGUACGUGUGUAUGGCGGCGUGUGGCGCGCUCGUAGGCCGUGCGACAAACUGUGCGCGGCAUGCGGAAAAAUAAAAAAUAAAAUUCAACAUUUAAUAUUUAUAUUUACAAUUUAUUAUUUUUAUUUUUUCACCCGCGUUUAGUGAAAACUGCGGAUGCAAAGUCCGCACAAAGGCGGGCCGUCUAUACUGUGCGUGCUUGCCGACCUAUUAGAACACAGGCGGUGUUUUAUGCCUUUUGACCUUGGUCACAUCGAAACAUCGCGGUUAUGCAACAACGCGGGUAAAAGUUAUGUCCCCCGACAACCGCGUUAAAUAGGGAGUGUACUGUACUUUCAGCCCCAUACAAUAAUUUUUUUAAAUUAUUCAGCAGUCAAAGCCUGGAUGUUUCUUGCAACACCUGUCAGAUAAGUGACAACUUAUCUUGAACAUAGUGUACUUUGUAUGGAGAUAGUGGAAUUCUAUGGAGUAACAUUGCUAUGUUGUAGUAGCUUACAAAAAUGAAGUUUUUAAGUUGGUAUGCAUAUGUAUUUUGUUUAUGCACAUCCUUGUGAGUAUGUGAUAUCAGUAUAAAAAAUUUUUUUUGAACAUUUAUUCAAAAUUUCAACAGUAACUUUUAUUUUAAGGAAGUCACUGAAACAAAAAUUUUCAAUUUACUUACACAAAAAUUUAGUAUCAAAUAAACAUUCCUUGAUAGAAGUAUUUUUUAAAUGAAGUUAUAUUGAUUUCUAAGGGAAAAAAUUGAUUAUUUAAUCAGUAGAUUUCAAUUUUUAAAAGUCAAGCAUCAUAUUCAAAUGUAUCUAAUGAUGUGAAAUAUAGAAUUCCUUCAAGGUUUGGAUACACAAAAAUAUAAAAUGCUAUCGAAUAUGGAUUGACAUUGAUAAUGGUUACCAAAUACAGUAGAACCCCGAUUUAACGAAGUGCUACGGUUACCGAAAAUGUUUACUCUAAAUCGAUGUUUCGUUAAAUCUGAUUUACCGAUUUUCAAUGACCCCCGCACUCAUAAUCGCGUACCUACGUUUCCAUAUCGUAGACAGGGUCGACGCUGAUAUCUUGUGCUGCCGUGCUAUCUCAGACUUCGUCAACUUUCCAUCUUCAACGUUUUUGAUCUCGCUCGUACGGCCCCCGGUUCGUACGUACACCUCGGUCGUACAUACAGAUUUUUAUAAACCGUGAAAAAUGAGGCAUAAAAAAAUUUUUAAAAAUAUGUAAAGUGUAAGAAAUACGUUAAAGUUUAUUAAAAUACAGUCGCAACCUGCAGCGUUUAUAACAAAAACGAGCUACAUACACAUUGCGUCACAGUAAAAAAUUAAAAAAAAAAAGGCCGCACAUUGAUGGAAAUUUACCGUCCAUAGCGCGCCGUACGCGGAGAAAGGUCAUUGUACUCGGUCAGCUGCUGUUACGGCGCGGCGUAGCCGCCGGCUGGCUCUCUUUGUUCGCUCAGCUGCGCAGCACUUAUAAAAAACGUAUUCCAAAAACUAAACACCGCGCACAAAGCUCUUACUGAGAAUAUAGAGCUGUAGCAAACCGUAUGUAUUCGGUACUGAGUAACAGGUGCGCCAUCUAGUAACGAGUAACGAAACGUUACACACGGCUGCAUCUCGUUACUCACAUUUUUCGUAUGUUUUACGCAUGCGCGUGCAUAUUCGAUGAAUUUGCGUUACAAAGAACGAUGUUUGUUUAUUAAGUAAAGUAUAAUUUGGAAAUUCGUCGUCAAAGUUUUUUACUGUUUAUUAAAGGUAGUGUGUGUGUAGACAAAGUUUGAGAUUGGAACAGAAACAACGUAAGAAAGUAUUGUUUACAAAUUAGAAAUAUGUAUGUUUUUGUUUUUUAUUAUCGCGUAUUUUCACGUUGUUUUUUGUUAUUAUCUUAAGAGAUAAUAUAAAAAAGCCGCAUUAAUGAGAUUUAAUUGUUUCUUGGUUAACAAAAACUGUUAAUCAAAUAUUGUUAAUUGUUUAUAUCCUAUUUAUUAUUAUUUACGCGACGUCAUAAUGUACGCGUACGCAAUACGACUCGAUUCGUUGGUGCAACAUUACAUAGCUUUUUAAUGUGGUUUCAGAAGUAACGAGUAACGUAACGAUACGAUAGUAACGAGUACUAAUUGUUAUAGUAACGAAUACAUACGGGUACACUUUUUUUCGUUACUUUUACACAUCUAGAGAAUAAUGAUAAUGGCGUAUUGGUGUGACGUGGUCACAAGUUGAAAAAACCUGGAGGAUGGGAAAGGGAAUAUUUGGAAACGUGUGAUUAUUGGCUAGCACUGUUACUAUGCGGGCGUAUUUGGAAGAUAACGUGGUGAGUCAAGCCAAGGAUGGAGAAGGGGGAGGGGGUUGCGGACAAAGAAACCCUUCAUGACGUCAUGUGUCGCGGCCAGUCUAUCUAUCCAGGCGCGCGCAAUGGCACGCACCUACGCAAUUCAGUUACAGCGCCCGGAGUUUUUAAGCAAUUUGAACAAUUUUUUUAAUUUUUUCGUAUUUGGACAGACGAUGCAAAGGCACAUAAUAUAUAGUACCUCCAUUCUAUUACUGACACCACAGAGUGUAUUUUUUAAUAAGAUUCCAUUACUAUUUACUUGCAUUUUUUGGAAAUCUAUAUUAUUAUUUUAAUAAAUUGGUGAUUUUUGUUGGUUCCUGAAAACCUUUACGUUAUAUCGCUGUUUUCGUUAAAUCCGUGUUCGCAAAAUCGGGGUUCUACUGUAUUAGAUGGCAAUUAUUACCUAUAUGCUAUAUCAUCUUCAUUAUAAGAUGACCGCAAGUAUGUGACAAUCCAAAAUGUAAGCUAGUUUGUCUUGAGUUUCAGGUUAUAUUUUAUUGGAGAUAUCCUUUUAAUGAUCAAACUGUAAUAAUAUAGGUAGAGACCUGAAAAAUUUGCUGCUGUCAUAAUGUGAAUAAUAAUGCAAAUUUAAGCAUUUUCAAAUGUAAAAUGUGAAUUUCAGCAUUUCAAAUUGAAAACUACUGUACUAUUUAUCAUGCUUUUGGCACAUUUGGAAGGCAUAAUCUUAAAUUCCUUUUUUAAGUUUGAGGGCAUACUGGUUUUAAGGUUCGAAUUACUGGUGGAAUUAGUGGGCGCCACCACGUGAGUGGGCACGUGGACCCGGCUCGAUACUCUUGCUAAGGGCGUUACGUGGCCCGUGUGCGGCGAGAUAUUAGCCCUCCUGAUUUUUAAUGCAACACCUGCUCCUAAACGAGCCCGCUCUCAGCGUCGGGCACGCUUCUAAUUAACUGCAGUGGGCUCUUAGGGCGUCCCACACGCCGCUGACUAGGUUAAGGACCCACGUGGCCCCCCCGAACACAAAGACACGUGACUCAAUUAAGUUGGUUUUAUUUACUCACGUUACACGCCCUUCUACAAUCCUUCCUUGAUACUGUUAUAAAACGCCCGAGGCACAAAUCGAUUUAGGUGAGGAGGUGAACCACGCAUGUGGUCGCCUCAAGUCGUUACUUCUUACACGGAUGACUAAAAACUCCGGAAAGUAAAGAAUUAUUAAUUAAACAGUCUCUCCGACCGAGAGAGGCCCCGAGGAUAGAAAGAAAACGAUUUGAAUAAAUUUCUUAACAGAACUAUUUCUCGGUGGAACAACGGUGAUGUCUCGGGGUGUCUACAGAGACGUCCGCUCUCGGCCGCAGUGUUGCCAGAUUGCAACAUUCCAAAAGUCGUAUCGAAGACUAGAAAUAGUCGUACAUUGGAGCAAAUAGUCGUACAUACUAUAAUUUUUAAAAUAAAACGUUAAUGAGUACCAACUUUUAUUUUAUCCGGCGAUUUUUUUGCUAUUCAUUUUGGUAGUAUUUUAUUGGCAUGACACAAUCGUGAAGGAAAAAAAUUACAUGGAAACAAUUACACUAAGGAAAAAAACUACACCAAAAUUAACACAUGUUAAGUUAAAAAAAAAAAAAAAAAAAAAAAAAAAACAAUUUUCUUAACAACUCAGUCAUCCUUUUCGAAGAGAAUAUCCACAAUAUCGUUUUCUGGUGCACUGGAUGCAUACAAGUUUGCUGAUGUCAUGCGCGAUAACAUUUCAGCUGUAGGGCGAAACAAUGCACAGGUACCACUUUCCUUCACACACUCGGAAGCAAGCAAAGCUCCGUUCACUGUUUUUGGAAGGAGGCGAUUUCGUACUUUGGUUUUCACUAGAUUUACCUGUAAAGUAAAUACACAUGCUAUAUUUUUUUAACAAUAUUGCAGUUAACAAAAACUCAAAUUUUAAAAUAAGAACAGUAGGUAACAAAAUAGUUAUUUAUGAUGCAUAUAUUUUCAUACCUGACUGAAGACUCUUUCACAGUCUGCAUUAGAGUGCGGGAGACUAAGCACAUGAAGUGCAAAUGUAGCCAAUUCUUUGAAAUGAGCUUCUUGUGUGUCACAGCUUGGUUUCAGAAGCAUAUUCCAGAAAAUGUCAGGACUGUUUACAUCAUCAAUAUCUUCUGGAAGCCUUGCCCUUGAAAAUGGAAGCUCCCUCCACUGAUCAUCAAGACGCUGUAAAAUUGCAUCAUCAUCACAAGAAACAAUUCUUGGGACUACUUUUACUAGUGGAAGAAGGGAAGGGCAGUUAACCCUGAAUACUGGUGAAAGAGCUGCUUUAGGUUGCAGGUAGCUAAGUUUCGACAGAACUGGAUCAUUCAUAUUAUAUCUUUUUCUUAUUUCUUGCGCAGCAACCUGAAAAAUUAUGACAAACAUUUAUCAUUAUUUCAGUUACAAAAAUUAAAAUUAAAUAACAAUGAGGCUUGCAAGUGAUUCAACUCACCGUGAGGAAAGUUCUACACCUGUGAAAGAAAUGACAGCGAAUAUCGGGCUUGGAAGUGAUUUCUGGUUUAUCAAUGUGCUGCAGGACUUUUACUCCUAAAUACAUCUCAGUGUCUGGAAGAUGAUACUUCUCCAGGGCAGGAUCGACUUCCUCGAGUGGUGUUUUCAUGACAUAGUCCCUUUUCAUGAAACUAAGGAGAAUGUCAGUAUAGAGAUCUCUUAAUUGGGUAUGUAGUUCUGUAAUAACAACAUUCUUCGUCUGGAAAAAUUCGUUGAAUUUUGUGAAUUUCGGAAGAACCCAUGAAAAGAACAUGAAAUACAGUUUCAAAAAAGGAUCGUGAAGUGCAUUGAAGAUGUUUUCUGCACUUAAGAGUCUCUGUGACAACCAACAGUCUGUAAAAUACAAUUUCAAAGCAUCCCACUGCUCCAAAAUGCGUUGAACAACUGCCACCAAAGACAACCACCUGGUCUGCGAGGGAUGAAGCAUUUUCAAAGGUUCCAUGUCAAGAAAUGUUUGAAACUCUUUCAGCUCACUCUGUCGUUUAGCACUGCUCUUCAAGAAAUUGUAUAUUUCACGAGCCAUAUCUUCACAAGACCGAGGAAGCACUUUACAUGCUUCACUAGCACACAGAUGUGCCGAAUGACAAAUGCACUUAACCACCAUGAUCCCAGGACAAGCUUCUUUGAGACGAGAUGAUACUGAAUUAUGUUCACCCAUCAUCACAUUACAUCCAUCUGCUCCAAAUCCGAUCACAUUUUCCAACGGAAUUCCAAACUCUGUGAUUGAAGCAACCAAGCCACGAAACAGGUUUUCUGCACUGGCGCACACAACUUUAUUUGAAGAGUCAAAAAUUUCUCUUAGUUCCCAGAAUUUGCUCUCUAUCCUUCCAGACUGGAAAUCAUUGUACCUUACCACUAUGCACAACAUUUUUACUGUCCCUAUGUCUGUUGAUUCAUCUGUAAGGAUGCUGAAUUUGGUGUUCUUUAAUUUAUUCGCCAACUUCUCCUUAUGAUUGGCAGCUAUUACAUUAUUUACAAUACUGCAUGUUUUUGUUCGUUUAAGAGUCAAUUUCUGUGCAAUUUUAUGGUCAGAAAAGAUAUCUUUUAUGACAGCUGUGAGAUGGUCUGCAACAGAAAAAGCAACAUUGUGCUCCGCAAUGAAUGCCGAAAGUUUUAUUUCAGCAGAUGCAACUUCUUUGUCUAAAUCAACUUUAGGUGCUGCAAUAAAUCUAGAAAUCGAUGUUUGUCUAACAGUAGCAGACAUUCUAAGUGCUGUAUGUUUCCCACCGGUUGCAUGCCGCUUUAAGUUACUUAUUUCGGUAACAAGUGUUAUCCCACAAAAUUUACACUUAGCCUUGUAUUCGUCUCCAUGUACAGGUAACAGCCACUCUUUAAAUUCUGUUUCAGACAACCACUCUUUUCUAAAUUUUUGAGCCCUGUGUUUACCUGCACUUUGCUGAAUACACACCUUUUUUGGUGGCGAACUUAGCCCAUCUUCUGCGUCACUCAUAUUUACCAAACAAUGUAAACAACUGUUAAAUUCUUAAAUUGUUCGUACUGUUCCAAAGAUGAUAGGUACUUACAGAAUAUCACACAUAUUUUAAUAAUGUAUCCAAUAUGAUAUUGAUUUAUGUGCAUUCUGUUGUCAUUCCUCUCAACUAUUAUAAUGAAGCUAUCGAUUGUUUCUUGAAUUGGAUUAACAUUCAGAUAUAUUUCAUUACAAUUUUCGAUUUUGGCUUCUUUAGAACUGCAUAUACUAUUGUGUUUAUGAGACCAAAAUAUUUAACCAUAACAUCUUAACCACCAAAAUUUCAAAAUAGUCGUACAAAUAGGUGUACGACCCUAUGUUCAGACGUACGUCGUACCGAACUACGAAAUAGUUGUACAUGUACGACUAUAGUCGUACGUCUGGCAACCCUGCUCGGCCGGCUGAAGAAGGAGACUGGGCUGAGAUAAGGGCUUACGGAAGGCAACAUGGCGCCCUUCGCGCCGAACACAAUUACCGUUAAUAUCUUAGCUAUUGCGUGCCCCGGGUUAUUAUUGAAAAUAACAUGAACUCUUUAUAAAAAUUAGCACAUCACAUCCAUGACCAGACCGUCUGUAAUUAUUACUUAUGUGGUAGAAAAAUAGUUUAAAUCAGGUUAUCUGCUAGUUCCUUCGUCGCCCGCUAGAGAGCAUCCUUGUCCGUGCUUGCACGUAUUUUAUUAAAAAAAACAUCGUUUAUUAAUGAAACAAAAGGCACUCACAUACAUAAAUUUAAUCGUCGUGACACUAUUUUGGGGCGAAAAGAAAAGGGUUACAAUAAUUAUUAAUACAUAUAGGGGUGCGGCGCACUGCAGUUAAGUGCCCUCUUGCCGGGCUACCAACAUACGCACACACGCACGCACAAGCGGGAGGUUUGAACAGAGAUGGUGGUGUUCGGGCGGUGGCAUAUCGGGCUCAAAGGGGGCCGCAGGCCCGGACGACGUCAAGUUAUAUAUCAGUACUGAAAAGGUAUUAUAAUUAAUAUUUACAUUUUUUUUAGACACCAGGGUUAUUUUGAUAUCUUUGUUUGGUCACCAUAUUCAUUUACUCCAAUGUUUACUCAAUGGUGUUGACAUGUUUGUUUUACUACAUAGAAAAAUUUGUGUCGCGCUUGAAUAAAUUUGACAUAAUUAUGUAACUUAAAGCCAAAGUACCUAUAUUAGGUUAUAUCAGAACAGUAUUUGUAAUUUGUAUAGUAUUUUAAAAACAGCAGAAUUUAGUGUUCGUCAACAAUAUUUUGUGAUUUUAUAAAAAAUAAAUAGUUUUAAAAGUCCGGGAAAAUGAAACCAGUUUGUAAGAAAAAUACCACCAAUUUUUGAGAAAAAUUACAAAUAUUUUGGGGGAAAAGUAACACCUAUUUUUGAGAAAAAUAACACCUAUCUUUGAGGAAAAAAUUUACUUUUUUGGUCUAUAAAUAUAGGUCAUAACUAGGGACAAAAUUUUAGGGUUUAUUUAUAGAAGAAAUUUUAUUUUAAAACAGAAGAUUUCAGUGUUACAGUGUUUAUUUUUAUAUAUUGUCUUUAUUCAUUUAAAAAAAUUGUACUAUUCAACAAAUAUGAAACAAAAAUAUUUCUUAAUAUGUAGUACUUAUUUUACCAAAAUUUGACACCUGUUGCACUUAUACAGUAAAAUCAUUUGUAAUAAGCAUGUCUAGAACAGAACUACUCUUAAAUAUAAAAUUUAAUCAGAAAUUUUUGCGUGUUUGAAACAUGUGCCAUCAUUACUGUAAAAAUUGGGUUACAUAUGUAAGACAAUAUCAAACAACAUAACAUUAAUUUUUUUCCAAUCCAUUUAGGUCAUACAUUUUAUUACAAAGUUCAUGUUAUAUAAAUUACAUUCAAUGAUUUUACCAUGACGAAACAAAUAAUUUUUGUAAUUUGAUUAAAGUUUUGUCAAAAUGCUAAUUGAUUUCAUUUUUUUAGUUAAAUACAUAUCUGCUAAAUGUUUUAUUAAUUUGCAUUCCGGUCCUACAUCUGGUAUUGACAUGUUUUGAAGUGUUAUUUUAGUUUUAUCACAAUUCACCUUAUAAUCUCAUCCUUAGUCAUAACAUAUUAGACGAUUUAAAAAAUUUAAACAUUGCAUUUGUUACAAGAUAUUAAUAAGACAUUGCUUAUUGCAAUCAGGUCAGUUUUUCUUUCUGUCAGCCUGGUCAGUUUGAAUAGAAUGAAUGUCUGCUAGUCAGUGCAAAAGUGACAGUAUUUCAAUUGGUGUGCCGGAAUAUCUUCAGAAGGGUGGUUACAAAUGUGGUUGGUAUUAUCGAUGGAACACUUGUGUAGAGGCAAGUGUUUCACAGUCUUCAGAAAGUGGUGGGUCGUUUUGUGACCUUGCAAGGCUUUCCAGCUAAGAUGCAACUCUGGUGAAAUAAUUCCUACUCUAUUUAUGUAGUUAUUUUUUGUGUUUAGAUAAUUUGUUUUGAUUAGAGAUUAGAACAUACACUUUAAAGUGUGUUUCAUUUAAGUGCUCUUUUGUUUACAUACAUUGCAUGUGAACUGCAUGUGAACAUGCAAAUCUUCCCAUUUAAAAACCUACUUAGUUCUUUCAGGUAGUGAAUUUGUGUUGGUUGUAUGUUGUUGAUUUGACAGUUGUUAGAAAAAAGUCAUUUAGAGGAAAGUUUGUGAAAAUAAUAAAAAAAGAGAAAAUCUUUUUUUAGUUUUUCCUCUUGGUGAAAAUUAUUUGGGGAUUAUAAAUGCUUUGUUGUUUUUCGUUCUUUUGAAACAUGAAGAAAAAAAUAUAAAAUAGCCUCUCAGUCCAUACGAAUGCAAGCAAAAUAUUGGUCGAAAAUAAAACAGCGUGCAGCGUGUGACACAGGUUUCGAUGGCCGUGCACAUUUCUCAUUCGUCAGAUGUUCUGCCUUGAAUGGGGAAAAUGGUGUGCAGAUGGAACAGCGUCCUGAUGCAAGCAAAUGAUCGGCGUGCGGCGUCUGCAAAGGUUUCGACGGUCUUGUGCAAGUUCAAAUUAUUUCAUUAUCGUUCGGAAAUAAUUUAAUUUUCGAAAAUUAAAAAUAAAUAUAGUUUCAAAGUUUAAAGAUAAAAAUUAUUUUUUUCCCCUCACAAACGCUGAACGUUAUAUGCGGGAAGCAUCUAUUAAUGCAAACGUUAUGAAUGGAAAAAAUUAACAUAGGAAUAUAUGGAAGUGAUCAAGGGAAUAAUAUUGUGAACUUAAUAAGCAGGAAAAUGUAUUAUGCGGGAACGUAUUAAACGAGUUUUAAUGUAUUAAAUUUGCAUCGCACCUGUCAUGUUGUGAUUUCAGCAUGAAAUAAAACCAAAUAUUUUUGUAUUAAAUUUAUGUGGGGUCUUGAUUGAGACUAGUUUGUAGAUGGGUUUGUUUAGUUAAUGAAAAAUGUUUAGACUGUGUAUUUUGAAAAUGUCUGUAUGCUAAUCAUGUUUAAAAUAAAUUUGUCUUGUAUUUUGAGCUCACCGUUGAUUUAUUUGUACUCCAAUUGGUUCAAGUGGUGUGAGCGGGGUUUCGAGCUUCAACAGGGAAACACAGGGAACUUUGAUUUGUGAGGGAAUUUUAAUUUUAUAGUAAAAUCAGGUAGUUGUCAGGGAAGUAAUUUUAAGUCAAGAAAUUUAAAUUAAAAAGGUAAAGGCUGAUUAUGUACUGCAAAUCCAUUAAAUGUUGUAUGCAUAUUGCAUUUGGUUCAGUCUUGUUGCAAUGCUGUUGAGCCUGCUGUGAGUAGAGUCAAAGCUGGACUCCAUCUGUGAUGGUGCCUCGGGCUAUGAUGUUCCCGACUUUUUGUUUGUAUGUUAAAAAUUUUAUCACAACAUUGAAGAAUAUGUAGUGCGUUGUGACUGUAGUAGUGUUAAGAAGUAGCGCAAACACUUGUAUUAAUUGUUUUCUCUGAAAAUACUGCAAGUUUUUGUUAGUAAAAAAUUACAAAGAGUCUGAGAAGUCAGGAAAAUUUCAGGGAAUCUAUGUUUUAAAUUAGCUGGACUCUGGUGGGCUAAAAAUUCCUAUGAGGCUGUCUUGUGAGGCUAGUAAUGGUGCCAACCACAAACAAGAGGCUGUGCAGACAUAACAUAUGAUGUUAUAAACUAACAAAUGCACAGGAAUACUUUACAAGAGAGAAACACUUCUUUCACACCAAUGUGAAAAGCUGUGACACAUUUUUAAUAUUUACAUAUUUAUAUUUGCAAACUUGUAUGAUUUGCCCAUAAAAUGUAAAGAAAAUCAUGUUAUUGUUUAGUUGUAUGGCCGUUUAUGUUAAAUUACUGGUUUACCAACAUUCUGACAAAAGGGUUUGCUACGUCUUUACUAUUGACAUGUUAUCAAACGGUCAUCUGAAACUUUCCUUUGGCCGUGACACCUGGAUACUGCCCAGUCUCUCUCGACUACCGCCUGUAGUAGGCAGUAACCGUCGCACCUUGAAGACAUUAACUGUGGUAACAUUGAUCUGACAGCAUUCUUCAUUCAUCUUAAUACUUUAAAAACCUUUUCUUUCUCUUAGAGGUCUACUCUGGAUUGCAGAAGGCUUUACGUAAUUAUUUAAGUCCUUUAAUGGAUCUUUGAUACAAAAUGAAGACUUGUUAUUUUCUAUGUCCGGUCACAGUCUGCCCUGUUUUGCAACUAAGCUGAUUAUUUGCUGUUGGUAUUUUAACUGUUUCAACUUAUUUUAGUGUUUUGAUUAACAUCGUGCAGGCUGCAUAUUAUUAAAAAAAACAUUAUUACUGGACAAAUGUAAGUACUUUAUCUGCUUGUGUACUUGUCCAGGGACAGUGGUGUGUGGGAUGCUAGAGUCCACUGAUGAGCGACCAGUUAUAAGUAAUAGCAUGCUCAUAGCUCAGAAUGGGCUAGUACUUUUGUGCUGUGUUAGGACGGGGGAAUGAGUCUUGCACCCACAUGGGCGACGUUACGGCUUUGUAAUAGUCUUCGCCAGGUCCGUGUGCCCCUCUCAAGUGGUGGCGCACAUGCUUACACCGAACGACCAACAGUUUUUUUACAUAACCUCUCUCUUCCAUGUAACAUGAAACUGAAAAAUUUCAGAACGAUGUUUGAUUUGUCUCAUCAGAAAUAGAAGCUGACUUCAAAUGUAAUUGAUUUUAAAAUCGAGAUAACUACUCCAAAAAAUAUAUAAUUUCAACAUGCUCAUACUCAAUUAUUAUACAUAACAUAUUUGUAUUGUACCAUUUAAAAAAAAAAAACAAAA